ACAGUUUUGGUGAGCUGCGAGUGACAGAAGCUUCUGGUAGUGUUACAGUUGAGAUUAUAGAAGGAAGUGCUCACAGGCUGAAAAUAGGAUGAGCUGAAGUGCAAACACAUUUGACAGAGACUAACAGACAGUGAGCGUUCAGCUGUGUGACCGGGAUCUGUACUCUCACCUGUUACAGUGGCUUUGCUCUGACUCUAUGAACAGUGGUAAUCCUGACUGAAUCAUGUCCGAAAACAUACUGGAAGAAAUCUUCAUUAAGCGAUCUCAGCAGAAGAAAAAGACCUCCCCUUUGAACUACAAGGAGAGAUGGUUCAUUCUCACCCAGGAAAAAAUUGCCUAUUACGAUUUCGAUCCUGACAAGCGGAAGCGAAAAAGUCUCAGAGGGUCAGUUGACAUUGAGAAGAUCAAGUGUGUAGAAACGGUCCAGCCAGAGAGCAACACCCCACAGGAGCGCAUGUAUGCAUUCCAGGUCAUUUACGAUGAGGGGCCGCUGUAUAUCUUUGCAAAGAGUGAAGAUGUUCGGGCUCAGUGGAUAAAGAAACUGAAAGAAUUGGUGCGCUUCAACAAAGAUCUGAUGCAGAAGUAUCAUCCUUGUUUCUGGGUCGAUGGGGUGUGGCUGUGCUGCCAGCAGGAAGUUAAACAAGCUAUGGGUUGCAAAGUGCUGGAUAGUAAAAACGGUUUUACAUUUAAAGAGUCACGGCGAAGGGGAUCCAGGAAACCUCUUCCUCCAACUCCCACAGAGGAAAAGCCUGGUCGUCCUUUACCUCCACAGCCUGCUGAGCCACCUGGCCCCUCUGUAGGCAUGACGGUCAUAGCUGAGUAUGAUUACACACCCAUGACACCCCAAGAUCUGGAGCUGAGGAAGGAUGAGGAGUACACUAUCCUGGAGAUGUCUGACACCAAUUGGUGGAGAGCCCGAGAUAAAUAUGGGAAAGAGGGUUACAUACCAAGUAAUUAUGUUGUGGAAGCAGAAAAUGGGCUAGAAAAAUUUGACUGGUACUGCAAGAAUAUGAACCGCAGUCAGGCAGAACAGCUGUUAAAAUCUGAGAACAAAGAUGGAGGCUUCUUGGUACGGGACUCAAGCAAGGCUGGGAAAUACACGGUGUCUUUGCUCACUAAGGGCGGCGUGGAAACUACUGGAAGCUGCAGACAUUAUAACAUCUGUACCACCCCACAGGGCCAGUUUUACCUGGCAGAGAAGCAUAAUUUCAACACCAUAGCGGAGCUCAUCAACUAUCACCAGCACAAUUCAGCAGGUAUGGUUUGCAGGCUGAAACACAUUGCAUCAAACCGGGCACGGCCUCCAUCAACACCAGGGCUCGGUUAUGGCGUGUGGGAGAUCGACCCCCGCUACCUCACCUUCAUCAAGGAUUUGGGCACAGGUCAGUUUGGAGUGGUGAAAUACGGAAAGUGGCAGGGCAAGCAUGACGUGGCCAUUAAGAUGAUUAAAGAGGGCUCCAUGUCUGAAGACGAUUUCAUAGAAGAAGCCAAAAUCAUGAUGAAGCUUCGCCAUGAGAAUCUGGUCCAGCUGUACGGUGUCUGCACCAAACAGAGGCCCAUUUAUAUAGUGACUGAGUUCCUUUCCAAUGGCUGCCUGCUGACAUACCUGAGGGAGGGCCUGAAGCAGCACCCAACAGCGGUCCAGCUCCUAGAGAUGUGCAAAGACGUCUCUGAGGGCAUGACCUAUCUUGAGUCAAAGCAGUACAUCCACAGAGACCUGGCUGCCCGGAACUGCUUAGUAGAUGGAAAUGGCACCGUCAAAGUGACUGACUUUGGCCUAUCAAGGUAUGUUUUAGAUGAUGAGUACACAAGCUCAGCUGGUUCAAAGUUUCCUGUUCGCUGGUCACCUCCCGAAGUCCUUCUCUACUGCAAAUUCAGUAGCAAGUCAGACAUCUGGGCAUAUGGGGUUUUAAUGUGGGAGGUGUACACUUUGGGACGGCUGCCAUAUGAACGCCUCAACAACACAGAAAUCGUGGAUCAGGUGUCCCGAGGCCUGCGCCUCUACCGCCCCCAGCUGGCCAAUGAAAAGGUCUACAGCAUUAUGUCAAGCUGCUGGCAGGAUAAAGCGGAUGAGAGACCCACAUUUCAGGAACUGGCGCUGACUGUACAGGAUUUGCUUUAUGAGCUCCAAUAGAUCUCUGAAUAAACAAAGCACCAUCUUCUCCGAAUGUCCCUAGAAAGUUGAUAAAAUCAAUAAAACAGUUAACAGUCUGAAUGAGGGGCUACACAGUCAUUCCAAGGUGCUCUUUAGUGUUAAUAUGUGCAAAAUGAAUGUCACAGUUACUUAUUAAUUAGAGCCAUCACAUUAAUAGAAGUACAGGCAAAUAGACUAGCGUUUAAUAGGUGUAUAUUUUAUUGAAGGUUACUAGAUUAAAAAUGUGUGUUUUUACUGUAUUGUGUGUAUUUUAUUUUGUGAAUCAUUGUGGAAUGUAGACACUUUUGCAUGUAAAAACAAGCUUUGUAAGAUGCAUGUAUUGCACAAAUAAAAGCCAAGUAUACCAGG